GCCGCCGGAACAAAAGGGGCGGCCGAUGGUGGCGGCGGAGCCGCGCCGUGCCCGCCCCGCUCCGCGCCCCGCUCCGCCACCAUGUCGGGCAGCGGCGGCGGCCCCGGCGACAAUGCCGUGAAGAAGAGGAGCCCGGCGGGCUCGGCCGCCUCGUUGGUGCAGGAGGAGGACAAGCAGGCGAUGGAGAAGAUGCUGGGGGCGGCGGGCGGAGGGGCGCAGGAGAACGGCUGCGCCCGCUCGCCCUCGCCGUGCGGCUCCGGGGAAGGGGUGACCCUGCAGCGCUCCAUCACGCUGCUCAACGGCGUGGCCAUCAUCGUGGGCACCAUCAUCGGCUCCGGCAUCUUCGUCACCCCCACGGGCGUGCUGCGGGAGGCCGGCUCGCCGGGGCUGUCGCUGGUGGUCUGGGCGGUGUGCGGGGCGUUCUCCAUCGUGGGCGCCCUGUGCUACGCCGAGCUGGGCACCACCAUCACCAAGUCCGGCGGGGACUACGCCUACAUGCUGGAGGUGUACGGCUCCCUGCCCGCCUUCCUCAAGCUCUGGAUAGAGCUGCUCAUCAUCCGGCCCUCCUCGCAGUACAUCGUGGCUCUGGUCUUCGCCACAUACCUGCUCAAGCCCAUCUUCCCCACCUGCCCCGUGCCCGACGAGGCUGCCAAGCUGGUGGCCUGUCUGUGUGUCCUGCUGCUCACAGCCGUGAACUGCUACAGUGUCAAAGCUGCCACCCGUGUCCAGGACGCCUUUGCUGCGGCGAAGCUGCUGGCGCUGGCCCUCAUCAUCAUCCUCGGCUUUGUGCAGCUGGCAAAGGGUGAUGUGUCAAACCUGACUCCUGAGCACUCCUUCGAGGGCACGAAUGUCGAUGUUGGGAACAUCGUGUUGGCUUUGUACAGUGGCCUCUUUGCCUAUGGAGGAUGGAAUUACUUGAAUUUUGUGACAGAAGAGAUGAUAAAUCCCUACAGGAACCUGCCCCUGGCCAUCAUCAUCUCCCUGCCCGUGGUCACUCUGGUCUAUGUGCUGACCAACUUGGCCUAUUUCACCACGCUGUCCACGAAUGAGAUGCUGAUGUCUGAGGCCGUGGCCGUGGAUUUUGGGAACUACCACCUGGGUGUCAUGUCCUGGAUCAUCCCUGUCUUUGUUGGCCUGUCGUGUUUUGGGUCGGUCAAUGGAUCUCUCUUCACUUCUUCCCGGCUGUUCUUCGUGGGAUCCCGAGAGGGACACCUGCCUUCAAUCCUGUCCAUGAUCCACCCCAGGCUCCUCACUCCUUUGCCAUCCCUUGUGUUCACGUGUGUCAUGACCCUGCUCUAUGCCUUCUCCAACGACAUCUUCUCAGUCAUCAACUUCUUCAGCUUCUUCAACUGGCUGUGUGUGGCUCUGGCCAUCAUCGGGAUGAUGUGGCUGCGUUAUAAGAAGCCGGAGCUGGAGAGGCCCAUCAAGGUGAACAUCUGCCUGCCCAUUUUCUUCAUCCUGGCCUGCCUGUUCCUCAUUGCUGUUUCCUUCUGGACGACGCCAAAGGAAUGUGCCAUCGGCUUUGCCAUCAUCUUCAGUGGGAUCCCUUUUUACUUCUUCGGGGUCUGGUGGCAGAACAAGCCCAAGUGGGUUCUCCAAGGCAUCUUCUCUGCGACAGUCCUGUGCCAGAAGCUGAUGGAAGUGGUUCCUCAGGAAUCCUAGGCAGGAAAAGCAGAGACAUUCAGCUCGAGGAAACGCACAAUUUUAUUUUAGGACGACACAAGAAUCUGCUCCCUCACACCCAGAUCCCAGGCCCCAGAGCCCCGCGGGAGCUGCUUCCUGCUGACACCACAUCCCAGCUCUGCCUUGUCUCCUCCAGCCCCUCCAGCCCCACCUUCCCCUGGCACAUGGGCGACCCUGCGAUGAGUUCUUGGUACGGACACGAACCAGGAGGAGGAAUUCCAGAGGGCAAUUCCAAAGGGGUCCUUCCUGUCCCAUCAGCAUCUGUGUGUGUGACACUGAGGGCUGUACUUGGUUCUGGGUGGGCUCAUCUGGUUCGGGGCUGGGAUGUCCCAGAUGAGGAUGGAUCUGCUCAGGAACCUGGUUUGGGUGUUCAGACACGCCUGGGGCUGUCACAGAGCCGGGGGGGUCCUGAGCCUGCUCCACCUGCCUUUCCUGGCCAAGGGGGAUGGUUGGGAAGCAAAGGUUGGCUGGUGUUGGCUCACACACACACUAACUCACACCAAAAUGUGCUGCUGGACACUUUGGGCUCUGUCCACUGGCAGUGGCUGAGGUGAGACAAGGCAGAGCAGAAUUAGUGUCAGAGAAACGACGUGGGGAGGCCCUGCCUGCCUGUCACUGUGUUCCUGACAGAGCACUCCCCUGCCAGCACCUGGGUUUUAACUCCCAGAUCAGUCCCCUGCUGUUGAGCCAGUUCUCCAGGAUGCUCUUCACCAGAAUGCCCAUCCCAUGGCCCUGUGAAGGAGCAGGUGCAGGUGCAGGCCUGAGGGUGGAGUUCCUCUGGAUAAACCGAGGGAACUGCAAUCAGCAGAAGGCCAAAUCCUUGGCUUGCUCAUUCCAUGCUUUUCUGUGGACAGGCUUUCAUCCAGCAUGGGAUGAGCAACACUGUUCCCUCCACAUGGCCCUGCUCAUUGCCCUUGGUGUGAUCCGUGUUUGCCCUGAACCAUCUGCAAGGGGAAAUAAAGGGUGGGGUGCCCUUGGCACGUUCCCUGGGGUCUGUCCGUGCGUUUCCUGGUGCUGUGCCUUUGUCACACUGUGUCUCUUCUGGAAUGUGCCAGAGAUGGGACCAACCAUGUCUAGGGUGUAGAAAGGGCAGGAGGCUGGAGCCUGGCUUUCACCUCGGGCUGCUGUAGAUCAUGGGGUGGUUUGGGUUGGGAGGGACCUUAAAGCCCAUCUUGUUCCACUUCCUGCCAUGGGCAGGGACACCUUCCACUAGACCAGGUUGCUCCAAGCCCUGUCCAACCCGGCCUUGGACAUUUCCAGGGAGGAGGCAGCCACAGCUUCCCUGGACAGCCUGUGCCAGGGCCUCUCCUUGGAGUAACGAUGGGAGAUGGUGUGUUUUGCUCGGAGGAGCCUGGCCUGGGGCCUGGGCCUGCUCUGCGCAUCAGGUUUGGCUUGGCGAGAUCCUUCCACCACUCUCCCAUCCUGGGAGUGAUCCAUGAGCACAAACCCUGAUCCGCACGUGAAAUCCUCUUUGGCUGUCGUGGGUGGUGCAAUCCCAUCCCCUGAGCACACCCAAAAUCCCUCUAGUUCCCGAGUAAUCCAGCUGUCCUCUUAGGAACACGUUGCUUUAUUUGGUCAAAAGCUUCGCCUUUUCAGCAAAGCUGCAGUUCUUGAACACUUUGCUCAUUGUGCCUCUGCUCUCUGGUAUCAGUUGGAAUUCAAAAGCAUCUCCCCACAGCUGAGCUGCUUCGCUCUCUGUUGCAGAUCUUUGUGCUCGUGCUUUGUGCAAGUGGCUCGUUGAACAACUACUUCUCCUCAGUGUUUUUAUAAACUCGGCCGUUGGGAUCCUCCGAGAGCUUUCUGCUGGAUUCUCCUCGUUAGCAUGGGGUUAUUUGGGAUGGAGAGGCAUUAAGGACACCAUGGUACUCGCUCACACUUUGUCCUUUGAAGCUCUUUAGUGCUGGGGGUGUCAGGGCAGGUGCAGCUCCUGUCCAGGUGUGUGGCCGUGUCCACGUGAGCUCUGUGCCGUCGCUUUGCCAACCAGCUCUUGCUUCGAGCGCAGCAGGAAUAGGUGAGACAAUCAGCACAUGGAGAACCUUGGCUGUCAGCUUGUUUAUUCCAUGGCAGCUCAGCGUGGAGAUCCCCAGACCAGCUCAGGUGCUGCUUCACCUGCGUGAGGUGCUGAGCUCUCCUGGAGAGACAAACCUGCAGCUGGUUUGUGUGGAUCUCCAGGGCAGAACCCAAAGUCUUUGGCCAGUGCCUGGCUGUGCAGGGACCUACGUGCAAUGAACUGGAGCAUCUCGGAUCCGGUGCCUGUGGGGAGGUGUUUGCAUAAGUAAGGUGGUGAAGCGUAAAACCCGAACUUUUUUGGCAUCUCUUUCAGCUGAAGGCUGAGAUGUUUCGGCAGGGUGGUGGUGGGAGGUCACUGCUCCUGCUGGACUUUCAUGGAGAGAGAACCUCAGUCUGUCAUCUCCCACUUGCUCUGCACAUUUUCAUCUGUGGUGGUAUCGGGGCAGCUCCUGCAGGGCCUGGAUUCAGUGUAGGGGCUCCUGGUGAUGAAUUCCCAGCAGAGUCUCUUGGGAUGCAAAGCAAAGGGAUUUGAACUCUCAGCCACCUCAACCCAAUGUCAGUUGGCACCAAGAUCCCAUCCACAGAGCUCAGAAAUGGGUCCAAACCUCCCAAAGGUGGGGGGUGCUUUGGACACAUCUUUGAGCAGUGAUGACCAUCACUACAUGAUGUCCUCCUGGUGACCGUUUCAUGCUGGUUUUAAAGAGGAAACAUCACACUAAGAAAUAUUUUUUUAUUGAUUACCUGAUCUUAAUGGAUUCCUUGACUUGCUUGCUUUGCUUUUUAUGAAUUUUCAGUAUUUUUCCCUUGCUGCUGAAGAUCUUUCUCAUGUACUAACCUGCAGCUCUGGCACUGAUCCAUAUGCUCACAGUGAUCUUGCCAGCAUCUCCUUGGCAAUAGAGGUUUAGGAAAAACCGAACCAGGUACCAGCACAAAAUGACAAAAAAAUGUUGAAUUUGCCCAGCCACAGGUCACAUCUCAAAGUUUAAAAUACCUGAUUUCUUUCUUUCUGGAUUCAUUGACCCCCACAGUUCCCCUCCACCAGAGCUUGGUGACAUGGCUGGAAGAGGUUGGGUUAUUUUUCCCUGGAGGUUUGGGAGAUAAAUGAGCGAAGGGGUAAAAGUGAAUUUCCUUUGCUAAAGAAAACACAAUAAAGUAGAUUCUCCAAUGGGAGAAACUGCUUCCAACAGCAUCUGCUGUCCGGAGUGACAUCCUGUCCCUUAGAUCAGCAUCAGUGGCAUCUGCUGCCCUUGAUUUGCCCUGGUCAGCUGGAUUUUGGUAUGGAAAGGGGAAAACUCAUCCUUGUGAAAGACCUUCUUGCUGCUUGUUUUCCUCAAAUGUGGAAUGGGAUGUGUCAGGGAGGGCGAGGGGAGCAACAGAGACUUCACAGAAAAUUCCUUGUCCUUCCCAGCACUGGAUGUGGGAUUUUUGUGUUGUUUCUCUGUUGGUUUCUCUUUGGAGCUCGUGAUUGGUCACGGCUGCGACACACCGAGGGAGAUAAACCCUUCCCACAAAGGGCACUGCAACCACAGGGACCUGAACGAGGUUCCACGUGAACCUAUUUCAUAUGAGUGUCCUGCAAGUACAGCUGGAGCCAUUGUGUCCAUGGAAUCAGGGAAUCAUUCAGGUUGGAAAAGACCUUUAAGAUCAUUGAGUCUGACCGUGGGGCCGUGGCUGCUCUGCAGUGACCCUGUGGUCCUUGUACCAACCCCCCGCUUCAAUUAUUGCCCUUAACUUGUUUUUAAGGAUUUAGCCUCCCAGGCAGGCAGUUGUUUUGGGUGUUCACAGAAUAGCAUCCUGCAGGGAUUGCUAAACAGAGCUGGAGCUGAUGGCCAGGCACUUCCGUGCCCGUUGGGUUCCUCUUUCAGAAUGAGAAACCUGCUUCCGACCAGGAGGGGACCCAGCCCUGCUCAGCCCUGCAGAAUGCUCCCAGCCAAAAAUCUGGGGGAUUUAUGUCAGCCUGGGUGGAUUUUUUUAUGAUUCUUUUUUUUUCCCAGCAUCCUGCAGAAUUUGCAGUGUUUUCCACCUCAGAUACCACGUUCUGGUAAACAAGGCUUUUGUUUUCAGCAGCUCCCUCUAUGGCUCCAGAGUUCAAAGGGACUCUGGCACAGUUGAACAAACUUUAAAGACCCUUCAACUGGAUUGAAACUCCUGAGGAGUGGCUUUGUUGUCCUCCAAGGCCUGUCCUAGUGGGUGGCUCAGGCAUUGGGCUCCUCCAGGGGUUCCUCCGUGGUGGUUCUGAGUGGGAGCGGAGCCCUCGAGGAGAAGCGGUGUUGGAACAGAGCUUUUCCCUGUAGCUGUGACUUCCCAGCCAUGGAGAGAUGUUCAGAGUGGCAGAGUCCCAGUCUGGCUGUGGGGAAUCCCAGGGAAUGUUUCCAGUCAGUCUGGGAAGGUACCCGUGCCUUCAGCCAAGGCGACAGUGUCCUUGGGCUUUAAUAUAAAAUAAAAAUUAAAAAAAAAAAAAUUAAUGAGGAAACUGCCAAAUGUUGUCAUUACACAACACUCUGGCUGGUCGGGGUGUUCCUGUGGGAUGGCAGCUUUUCCAUCCCCCCGUUGUGCAACUCCAUUGCUAACGAAUCCAAGGGGAGGGAGGGUGAUUGGGAAAGGGCUGGAAUGAAGCUCCCUCCCGGAGCUUGGGAAAGGGCAGCCCAGUGGGCAGAUGGCUCAGGUUCCCCCGGGGCUGGUGCCGGGGCUGUGCCACGAGGUCUGUGCCACGACCCCGGCACAGCCCACAUGCUGAAUGGUCGCCUUGUGCCGGCCCUGGAGCGUCUCUGGCUGCGGGAUGGACCGGCACAGCCCGAGCCAGGGCUUGGCUGCCGACCAGGGAGAUCCCUGCAGUGAUGGGAAUCUGCUCCCUCCUCCAUGCCAGGGCAUCCCAGGAGACCUCAGCACUGAGGGAUGCUCGGGGAGGGUGGUUCCAGUUCGGGUGGCUUCUUGAGGUAUUCCGGAAUUAUGCUGGGUUUGCCUGAACUUGAGGAAUUUCUUCCCAGUUUUCAUGCUCCAAACUGGAACUGGGAGCUGGGUGGGGGGUGUGUGUGAUGAUGCUGGGCUUGGUGGCACUGGGAGCUCCCUGUUUGGUGCAGAUGAUACACGAGAUGUGGUGGUAGGAAACGUGGCUCGGGGUCGGCCAUCCCUAAGGAUCCAAAAUCCAGAGGAUUAUCUCUUUGCUUUGCCCCCUCCCCGUCCCUCACAUGAGAAGGGGUGUUGCUUCCUCCAGCUGUUGAAGUGUUAAUGAGAGAAAUAAAAGUAUUUUUUUAAACACUGAAUUAAUUUCUAAACUGCCUAAAAGAGACUUUAUAGCUACACCUGAGUUAUUCCCUUGGGGUGACGUCCAGCUCAGCCCAGGGGAUCUCCCACAUCCAGCAGGACGUGGGGCUGCAGCUCCUGUGCUGGGAUUGACGUCACACGCAGGGAAAAACAUCCUUACUUGUUCAGGGGACAGGGAGAGAUCUGUGUCCCACCUAAACCCUUCCAAAGGGAGGAUUCAGAGUGGCUCCCAGACCUCGCCCUGACCCACAGAACAAAGGGUGACAUUCACUCCUGGUGCAGAAUCUGACUUUUCAGAGAUAUUUUUCUUUGUACUUUUGUUGUUGGUUUUUUUUUUUGUUUUUAAACACACACACAAACACUCGAGAGCCUAACACACACACAAGAAAACCUAGAUCUGAUUGACGAUUUUGUUAUAUUUGGUUGCUUUAAAAAAAAAUUAUUUUACUAAUUUAAAUGUUGCUGUAGAUGACAAUUCUAUUUAUUUUAAGGGGUAAAUAUCUUUUAGUCUUAAUACUUCUCCAGUAAGCGCUGUUUAUUCCCAAUGUUUGUGUUCCUGGCAACACAGCUAUUCCACUGGUCAGCCAGUAGUUCCUGAAUCCAAUGGCCUUGUAAAACAAGAUGUCUCUUGCAAUGUAUUUUUUGUAGUAUUUCUUGAUUCUUUUAUGUCUGUGGUUUAACAAAUCUGUUGAAUGUUUGGGUUGUUCUAUGUUUUGGGUUGUUUUGUUUUGUUUUUUUAACAAAGAAAGCUGAAUUACAACUCUCUUGUUGCUG